GGGCGCCAGAGAUACGGACAGUCAAGUGGGAAGUAGACUCCACCGCUACGCGCACUCACUCUCGCACUCGACUUGGCGGAUUGCACUUGUUCUCGUGCUCGUAGUAGCCAACCGCACAGUUGAAGGUUGGAGCAAGGCGCAACCAACGACGAGGCGGAACGUUGCACACACCCACACACACGCGGGGCUGCGGAGCUUGUCGUCGCCGUCAAAGUGUUCGUUCGGCGUCGGCGGGGCCAGCGUGCCAUGUCCGCCGUGACAUGAGAGGAAGCUUUCUCCUGCACAACUGCACGCGUCGCUCCCGUCCUGGCUUCUUGUGGAGUUACCUGAGCAAACGAGUCGCAGGUGUGUGAGUGUGGUGGACAAGUUUGAAGAGGCUCCCUUGCUUGCUGGAUGUGGCGCCAUGGAGAUGCACUCAAGACUGCGAGCCUUGAUGAUUAUCUGGUGGAUUGUUCAAGGUGACAGCAAAAAAGUGGAAAUCCCACGAGAGGAGAUGGAGGUGGUCAAGGGCCAGAUGGUGGUGCUGCAAGCCUGGUACAGCCCCAGCUCGGACAUUUCCAAAAACACGGUCAUUUGGCACUUCAUCGGGAACGAGUCCAAGCAGGUGAUCAACUUCAGCUCGGGGGAGGUGGGUCAUGGCCAGAAUGACUUCAGCAAGCGGGCGGGCUUCAGCGCUGCCAUGCCUUCCGCCAACCUCUCCAUCUUCAUCAACAACACGCAGGAGUCAGACUCGGGGCCCUACGUGUGCGACGUCAUCAUACCUGGAGGCACUGGCAUUUCUGGACAGAUGCGCCUUAAUGUCAAAGUCCCGCCAUCCCCUCCAGUGUGCACCAUGACGGGCGAGCCCGUCGUCAAUGGCAACGUGACUCUGAGCUGCAAGUCCGCUCACGGGAAGCCCGUCCCUCAGUACAAGUGGACCAAGACCGCCCCCAUGCAGGAGGUAUUCUUCUCACCAAUGCAGAACGAGAGACAAGGCACCCUGCGGCUGAGCAACCUGACCAAAAGCAUGUCGGGGAAGUACAUCUGCCGAGCCAGCAACACAGCCGGCUCCGACAGCUGCUCCAUUAACCUGGAGGUUAUCACCUCUUCCAACGCGGGCAUAAUUGCGGCGGCCACGCUGGGCUCAAUGGUGGGACUGGUUGCCAUGGUGCUCUUCCUCAUAUUCGUCCUGAGGAGGAGGCGGGACACUGAGGAGGAGACAGCCAAUGAGAUCAAGGAGGAUGCUCAGGCUCCGAAGCGAGUGUCGUGGGCAAAGAGCAACACAGGGUCAGACAUUGUCUCCAAAAACGGCACACUGUCAUCUAUCGCUACCAGCCCUCGGCCCGGAGACCACCAACACCACCACCACCACCGCCAACCCGCCUUCCACUACCCCUACUCGCCAUCGUCCACCACCGAUGCGGGCUCCGUAAUAAACGCCUACCAGCUGCGCCCGGGCGAGGCCAACACCCUGCGUGGCCUGCCUGGCUACAAUGCGGUUGGGACGCCAUCACGUAAACACAAGCGGCCCCCCGCCACCAACGGGGGUCCACCCCAGGUGGUUCGCAUGCCCCCUGCCAGAACGGAGGGGGCUCAGCCUCAGACUCCGCCCGCCUUCACGGCGUCCCCACGGGCCAGCUCGUCGUCCACAUUGACCCGGGCGGGCACUGUGGCCGUCAUGGUGCCUGCGCAGAGUCAAGCGGGCUCCCUGGUGUAGCCUGUGAUUGGACAGGUAGGAGGGGGCGGGUUGUAAUGUUUUUUUCUGCCUUGUAAUUGGACUUCUCUGAAACCUCCCGCAAGGACAUUCAGUUUGUUCAUAUCACUGACUCAGCACAUUUUUGAUUUUCACUGAAGAUGUUUUUAGUUAUCUGAAGAGCAAAAAGCUUAGGUUGUGUAGUUGGCACAUUCUUGUUGAUGUUACUCAGGCUUAGAAAAACAAACAAACAAAAAAAAUGCUCCAAACAAAGUUAAAAAAAAACAAAAAAAAAACCUAAAAAAAAACCCCACUAAAUGACCAUUCAGGUUUUUCUAUAGAAUUCAGUGGUCAUGUAGCAUUGGAUGUGUUGCCUGUGAUGGUAGACAGAAUGUAAGUAAAAUGAAAAAUGUGAACAUA